AUGAGUUUCGAUUUAGACGAUUUGGAAGAUUUGGAAUUAGAAUAUAAUCAAUACAAAACGGUAGAGGAGCAGGGCAAUUCUGAUGUUGGUGAUAGUAGUGGUAACGAUGAUUUAGGGAAUGCAGGAGACGGGUUAACAAAAGAUUCUAAAUUUGUUUUCGAAAAAGACUUGGGUUAUACUGAUGAUUCAAAUGAAUUGACAAGGGAAUCAUUCCUAAAUUCUUCGGAAAAUGUUCCAAGAUAUAUAGAAGAAACUGUCACUUUAAAAGAGUACUAUAACCACUCUAUAAGACAUUAUCUAACUUUUAAAUCAUUCGGCAAUUACUUGAUCUCAAUAUUCCCAAUUAUCAAGUGGUUACCUUUUUAUAAUUAUAAAUGGCUUAUAUCAGAUUUAAUCGCUGGUAUUACUAUAGGUUGUGUCUUAGUUCCACAAUCAAUGUCAUAUGCCCAAAUUGCAACUCUACCCCCACAAUAUGGAUUAUAUUCUUCUUUCGUAGGUGCUUACACGUAUUCUUUGUUCGCAACUUCAAAAGAUGUCUGUAUUGGCCCUGUCGCUGUCAUGUCUCUGCAGACUGCAAAAGUUAUACAGCAUGUCAAUUCUAGUUUAACUGAGGAACAGAAAACUUAUAUAACUGCUCCAUUGAUUGCAACUACGUUGGCUUUAUUAUGUGGUAUCAUCUCUGCUGGUGUAGGAUUACUGCGUUUAGGUUUCUUAGUUGAACUGAUCUCUUUAAAUGCAGUGACAGGUUUCAUGACUGGUUCCGCAUUAAACAUUAUUUCAGGUCAGGUCCCUGCUUUAAUGGGUUAUGCUAGUGAAGUAAACACUAGAGAAGCAACAUAUAAGGUCAUUAUUAACACUUUAAAACAUUUGCCAGAUACAAAAAUAGAUGCAAUUUUCGGUUUGAUACCUUUGGUUAUUCUGUAUUUUUGGAAAUGGUGGUUCUCGUCAAUGGGACCAAAAUUGGUCGAUAGAUACUAUCCUAAUUCCAAAUAUAAAAAAUAUAUUAAAGCUUUCUAUUUCUAUGGUAAUGCAAUGAGAAGUGGUAUUAUUAUAAUUGUAAUGACAUCUAUCUCUUGGUCAGUUACUAGGGGGAAAUCAAAAAGUGAAAGACCAAUUUCUAUUUUAGGUACCGUUCCUUCAGGUCUACAAGAAGUUGGGGUGUUCACUCCUCCAAAUGGUCUGCUUGCAAAAGUUGCCCCAGAACUGCCAUCUUCUAUCAUUGUAUUAUUAUUAGAACAUAUUGCCAUUGCAAAGUCGUUUGGUAGAGUUAACGAUUAUAAAGUUGUUCCGGAUCAAGAAUUAAUUGCCAUUGGCAUUUCUAAUUUAAUUGGGACAUUCUUUAAUUCAUACCCAGUGACAGGUUCAUUCUCAAGAUCUGCUUUGAAGGCGAAAUGUAAUGUCAAGACUCCAUUAUCUGGUAUAUUUACUGGGUCUUGUGUCUUAUUAGCAUUAUAUUGUUUAACUGGUGCUUUUUUCUAUAUUCCAAAGGCUACUUUAUCUGCUGUCAUUAUUCAUGCCGUCUCAGAUUUAGUUGCAUCUUAUAAGACUACUUGGAGUUUUUGGAAAAUGAACCCAUUGGACUUUAUUUGUUUUAUCACAACAGUUUUUAUCACAGUUUUUGCAUCUAUUGAAGAUGGUAUAUAUUUUACAAUGUGUUGGUCUGCUGCAAUACUAUUAUUCAAAGUUGCAUUCCCUGCAGGUAAAUUUUUAGGAUAUGUUAAAAUUGCAGAAAUAGUGAAUCCUGAAAUUGUUGAUUCUGAUUAUCUAGUUGAGAAGGCAGAGACUUCUGUCCAAUAUUCAACAGUUCUUAUGAAUCCUGAGAAGGGAGAACUAAGUUAUCUAUCAUCUAAAUCGUCUGAGUCACAGCUCAAGUAUCAUAUUAAGUGGAUUCCUUACGAUCAUGCAUACACAAAGGAAAUGAACCCUAACGUGGAAGUUACACCUCCACCUGAUGGUGUAAUAGUCUAUAGAUUGACUGAAAGCUUUACAUAUAUUAAUUGUUCAAGAAACUAUGAAACUUUAUAUGAUAAAGUAAAAGAACUUACAAGGCCAGGCCAAUUAAUGACACAUAUAAAAAAAUCAGAUAGGCCAUGGAAUGAUCCUGGUGAUUGGAAACCGCCAAAGUUUUUAAAGAAUAUAAUUAAUUGGAGAAAAAAUAAAAAUAAAGACGAUGAGCCAACAACCUUUGAUAAUAAAGUUGUUGAUACUAGACCAAUUUUGAAGAUUAUAUGUCUAGAUUUUUCACAAGUUGCACAAACCGAUUCAACAGCAUUACAAUCGUUACUGGACUUGAGAAGAGCAAUCAACAAGUAUGCAGAUAGACAAGUAGAAUUCCAUUUUAGUGGGAUACUAUCGCCAUGGGUGAAAAAGGGAUUAGUCAACUUAGGAUUUGGUACAGUAAAUAAAGAAUAUAGUGAUGAAUCAAUAAUAAUUGGACAUACAAGCUACCAUGUAGUUAAAACUGAAGAUCUGGAAAAUAAUCCAAUGACCACGGUAGAAGAACCAAAUCAAAAUUCAUCAUAUUAUAUACAUGCAGGUACUGGUACCAACUUCCCAUUUUUUCAUAUCGAAAUACCAGAUUUUUCAAAAUGGAACAUUUAA